GGCAAAUUCCUUAACAAUUUACAGGAAUUUAUCAAAUAUGAAGAUAUGUUUGACCGCCAAAAUCCUUUUUAAGCACAUUUAAGCUAAAAUCAAUACAUUAGGACACAUAUUGAUAUUCUGGGCAAUAUUAAACAUGAAGAUGAUUGUAUUUCCAUCUCUUAUCCAUCCUAGAAUUAUAUGUGCAAUUAAGCAAAAACAAAUUAUUCGAAUAUUUAGAUCAAAAAUAUGAUAGCUUAGCGAAAUUUAUGCAUUCAGAUGGAGUGUUCCAAUUGCAAUCAUGUCACUCUAAAGAAAUUGAAGGUAUCUCUAUUUAAUUAUUAAGAUUAUGAACUGUAAAACUGCAAAUUAUUUUACGAAUAUAUUGGUAAAGAAUUGUUUUCAGAAUAUUAUGAAUACAAAUACACUUAAUUGUGUGAAAAAGUUACUACUAUGACGUUCUCAACUUAAUUCUGUACUUAACUGACUAGAACUUUAACUUUGAGCACUCAUUCAUUCAAAGAGAAAUUUAAAAGUGGAUUGAAAGACCAAGAGGAUGGUACUUAAAUAUGA